AUGUAAUAAAAGUCAGCUAAUUUAGAGCAAAUUAAGAAUUUGUUAAAUAAAUAAAUAAAUUAAACGCUUCAUUUAUAAUUUUCAACAUAGUCUCUCAAAUAAAAUGUGAACAACCAUAAAAAUGCUACUUAGAUUGGAAAUUUUACUGAUUCUCAUAAUGAUUUAGCUAUGCUAACAACUCCUAAAAAUAAGUUUAUACAAAUUAAUGAAGAACCCUAGCUAGCAGAAUUCUAAAUAAAAGAGUUUGGAAGUGUUAAAAAAUUUGAUGUAAAAUAAAAUAGUGUAAUGAAUUCAAGCAUCAUGAAUUAAUAUGUAAAAAAACCUUAUUAUCAUCACUAAAAAUCUAAAUCCUCCCAAACAGCUCCUAGACAUGUAAGCAUACUAAUGUCCCAUGAAGAUGCUUCGUGUUGUAGCAGAGGAACUACAGCUGCUGGGUUAAAUUUUGCUUCAGCUGGAAAGGGAUCUCCUUUAAAAAAGCAUGGAAAUGGAAUCACAGCUAUGAGCUAAAUUUCUAUAUUUUCUCAUGACAUAUCAAACAAUGGCGACAUUAUGACAUCUAAUAAUUAGACAAUUAAACCUGAAACAAAUUAGACUCACCAUAGAAAAAAUUAGUCUUGUCUUUCAAAGUAUUAGACAAUCAAUGAUCAAGUAGAUGAUAAAAUUUCUCCUAUUUAAAGUCCAGCUUCUCAUAAUCAUCAUAGAAUACUUUCAGCAUCAGUUUCAUAACCUUCAGUCUCUUCAGCUUAUUUAAUCAAAAAUGAGUCAAUCAUUUAUAAGGAAUUCAAUUAAAAUAACAGACCUGUUUCUUAAAAUGCCCAAAAAUCAUAGCCUAGAGACUUGGCAAUCAAAUAAAGACCAAUGACAGCAAUACUAAAACAGUAGGGAGAUACAAUACAAUAAGAAAAAACAUUAUAGUAGAAAGGUGCAUUAUUAUAAAAGAUGAUUAAUGGAUUAUAAAAAAGGAAAACAAUAAAUUCUGCCUCUACAGCUUGCAACUCCACAGUUUUUGAGCUUUUUGAUUAAAAAAAAAUACAUUUAGCUAGGCAAUAAAAAUAAAAAGCUUUAGAUUAAUUUCUGAAGUAAAAAGAUUAAAUAAGAGCUAAAAGCAGCUACAUAAAUAAAAAUCAAUAAAACGAAGGAUUGAUUGAAAGUAUCUCCUAAAGUGAAAUUAACUCGAAUGGUCUAAUAAAUGUAGCUUCAAGCCAAACUCUUAUAGAAACAAAUAAAAGUAACAAGCUUAUACUUUAAGAUAUCAUCAAUGACAUGGCUUCAGAAUAAAAAGAUUUUGUUAAGUACAUGAUCAAUAAUGAAUAAAGAUCUAUUAUUUUCAGCUAGUUAUUUUAAAGAAUGGAAAAAAUUAUUGAAAUAAAAGACUUAAAGCUUUUUACACAGUAUUUAAUUUUCAUCUCAAAGUGUUGUCUUGCUGUUCAAGAUAACAGCAAAGCUGCUUUCUUUUUAUACUAAGUCAAAAUUAUAACAGACAUGAGUAAAAAAGUAGCUCCAAUGAAAGCUUAGGCUUAUCUUUUGAUGGGUUAAGCAGCUAUCAAUAUAUAAUUAUAUGCGGAAGCAGUUAAAAUUUUUAAAAAGGCUUUAUAAUAUUCUUGGUUCUUUAACUAAAGAGAAAGUGAAAUAGCAGCCUAUGAGCAAUUAGGUGUUAGUUACUAUUACUUACAAGAUGCAAAACUAUCUGAAUUUUAUCACAAUAGAUAUGUUAAGGCUUAAUUUGAAUUAUCUAAUUCUUACAUCAGGAAUAUGUCUUAUGAGAAUAUAAAUGAAUAGCUAGCUAAAAGUGAAUAUAAUUUGAAUUAAAUAACACCUAUUCUGAUGGUACAUUUAAACCUUCCUGUUUAAUAUUCUCUUGACAAGGUUUAAUAAGGUCUAAGAGAGUCAUUUUUAAAGUAGGAAUAAAAAAAUAAUAAAAGAAACUCUUAAAUAAGCCAAAAGCUAGAAAACCUUGCCAAAGAAAGUCAACAAUAAGUUGAAAACUUUGUAGCAAGUAGAUAAAAGACUUUUAAUCAAGCAAAUGCAGCCAAAAUUAUAGAGUAACUUAUAGAAGACAAGGAAUUUAUUUAUGAAACUGAUACUCCAAUUUUCUUUGAAAACUUGGAUAAUAUAAAAAGCGAUUAAAAAAAGUAAUUAAAUAACAACUCAUAAAACUCAGAUGAUUUACAAAUAACUCCUAGUGAUGCAAUUCAAAGCAAAAAAAGUUGGGAAGCUCCUAUUAUGAGAAAAGUAAUCUAUGACAUCUCAAAAUUUGGUCCUAUUAAAGACCCUGUUCCUAGCUAGAGAGUAUUUGAAGAUAUAACAAAAUAUAAAUUAAGUUUAGAUAAAAAGAUAGAAAUUCUUUCAAAACAAAAAAUAGAUUUGAAUAAAAUUAUGGAAAAAGUUAAUUAUUUAGUGUGGAACAAUUAAAAAUACAAUGCCUAAAUGCAUUAAAGAGUCAGAAUUUCUCAUCUGACUCCAAAUCGUUAUGAUCCACUUAAAUAUAAUACAACCUACUAUGUGAUAUCUCAAAUAAAUAAAAGUUAUAAUAUGCUUUUAUUCUAAUUGAAAAAAGCAGAACAGAAUAUUAGAUGA